AUGCCCCAGGACGUUUCACUAGUCGAGCCAGCCAAGGUCCGAACUUUAUUGGUUCCAAUUGGCAAAUGGACUCGUUCUGACUUCACAGACAAGGUUACCGCGUUACAAGAACGAUCCGAAGCCAGAUUGGUAGAUAUAACACCUCUGAACGACACUAAUUUCAAUCCUCAGGGGUUUCCUCAGGGAAGAAUAUUGUUUGAAUUCCAUACUCGACAGUUCAAUGAAGAACAAACCCUUUUUCUGCACGAUUUUGAGCUCUAUAGAAAAACCUUUGUGGUGAUAGGACUCGUUAAGAAAGAAGAUCAAAAACCCCAGAGCGUGCUAGAGUUGUUGCAAAAAAAAUACCCCGAUUCAAUUUCUCAUAAUCUAGUGUACUUCAACACUGAAAUUUCACAGCUUAAAAACGUUUACUGUGCUUCAUCAUCUAAUUUGGAGACUAUCGUUUGUGAUAUCGGGAGAAACUUUUUGGAGGCAUUGGGGCUCUAUUACGCUUCAUAUAAACAUGUCACGCUGCGCUCGCCGGGCGCUAUCGGUGGCACAGCUAUUUCCAAAACUUCUUUGAUGCGCCAGCCUCAGGUGGCAUCUACAUCCUCGGUGUCUACAAGGGUCAUAUCGAAUCCUCUUGAUACAACUGCAAACUCUACGGUCAAAAGGAGUGCCUCUUUGAAGUCUCUAGGUCUCAAUUCAGUAUCCUCGGAUCAGCAUAGAGCUAAAGCUCGUCAAUGCAAAAUUUUAGGAAACUUCAAACUGUUGGCAGGUAGAUAUGUGGAUGCGCUGAACAGUUUUGCAGAGGCUGCGACAACUUUACACAAGUAUCAUGAUAAUAUUUGGCUCGGAAGCGCACUAGAAGGCCUUGUGAUCUCGAUGCUACUACUAAGCUACCUACGAGUACCAUUCCAAGUCCCAGUAAUAAUAUCAAUUAUCUGUCCUGUGAAAGAUUUCGAGCAGUCCUCUAAUAUGUCAAAUGUUCAAAGAAAUAGCACAUCAUCUGGCUCUUUUCAAUCUCCCAGAAACUCAUUGAGCUCAGUUUCCUCUAGGAUUAACAUUAUAGAGUCCCAAAAUGUGGCAAUGCCGCUGUUAAUAAAAUCCGUUAGUGAGAGAGUUUUGCAUUAUUACGAAUUAAGUUUGUCUCACAAUACCGAAUACGCACCCCAAAUUGUUUACUGCGAGCAUAUAUUACGCGUAGCCAGGUUUAUGUCAUACUGUCAUUCACAUUCCCAAUUGGACAAAGAUUUGCUGAAGAGCGUUUAUACAGAUGAAAACCCAACUUCGCUAGAGGCACCUCCAUCUUCAACUUCUCUCAGCCAGUACUUCAGCAAGUGUGAAAUAUGUCAAUUUGUUAAUAAAUUGUUUGAACUGCAACUGAAAGAAAUGGACGUAAUCUCUCAAAUAAGAGUCUACAUCUCACUAGGGCUAAUUUACCGAGACUUGGGCUUCCAACGAAAACAAGCCUUUGUUUCGCGAAUUCUUCUCGUGAGCUUGCUGCCACGGCACAUUUCGGAUAACAUUUUUGAUAUGCUCGAUGAUAGUCACCAUGAUACGCUUAACUCUUUACUCGAGGCAUACGGGAUAUACAAACAGCCAGAAAUUUUGAUAGAACAUGCAGCCAACUGUACUUGGGUUACGCUUCAGAAAAACAUUUUGAUGCUCGCGAUUAAUAUGGCAUCCAAAAAUGGUAAUAAGCAAAAAGUUUGCGAAUACUCAUUGACACUGUUGCAAAAGUAUUCUCAUGUUCUUACACAGAACGAACAAAAAAUUCUAUUAGAAAACAAUAUCCUAAGUUUCACUCAAGGCAUUCCUGACCUUGUCUACUGGGAUCCGUUCCUUUUGAGAAAGCUUCGAAUCACCCAGCUGGAAAACCACAAAAGUAUACCACAAGAAAAGCUCCUUGAAACUGAUGAAGUCGAAGAACAUGCACAGCGCCAUUUAGAAGUCUUCAAUCCUUUUAAAGAAAACGGCGUUCAUGGUGUCACCGAAAAGAUGAAAACCUGCAAAAUUGUCCCAAGCUUCUUGCUUGGAGAAACUGCAGAAUUAGUUUUGACAUUUCAAAACCCUUUCAAGUUUGACCUAAACGUCACACACCUGUCUUUCGAAGCUGCAGAUGAUAUGAUUGUUAACUUUUUGAGCAACAGUGCAAAGCGAGAGCUCCCGUUCAAAGUAAGUGCAAAUUCGUUAGCCUCAAUUCAUGUCCCAGUUACCUUUACCAAGGAAACUCAUGGAAAACAAACAAUAAAAAGCCUUGUUGUGGGGGUUUUUGGUUUAAAACCCACCUCAUUCGACAUAGUUAUGAGCGAAAAAACUAAAGGUGAGAAUGAGUCUGAUACGCAACGAGCAAAACUCGAAAGUUUCGAGUUCCGGGUGAUCAAUGAGCAACCUCAUAUGGAGUUUGUUUCAAGCUCUUUCAAUGACAACUCUUGUAUGAUGCUUGAAGGUACGAAGGAGACAUUCCAAAUCGUUUUACGGAAUCAAUCUUUGAGUCAACCAGCUAACUAUUUGCAGUUCACCCACAAAACCAACGUAGAGUCUAACCUGAAUCCAGACUACUGGAAAAAACUGGGACCCGAUGACCUGUACGAUAUCGAGACGCAGCUGAAGUGGAUGCAACGUAAAUGUAUUGUAAUUCGCGAUAAACCACAAGAAAUCCCCGCAAAUAGUAGUGUGGAAUUAACAGUUGAAAUUGAUGUCACACAGGCGUCGUUCGAUUUUAAGAGCUUCGAGAUAUCACUUGAGUAUGGUCACAAAAUGGAAAAAAACAGCACAUCUGUCUAUACAAAAACACUGGUCAUGCCAUUCAACGUAACUUUGAAAAGGAGUUUAGAGGCGCCUAACUUAGAGGUGGUACCGCUGACGGAAGAACUAAAAGAGUGUGAAAAUUCUGUCAUAAGAGGUGUGGAUAAGGUAGCAGUAUUAGAUCCAAAUGAUCUGGCGCUCCUUUUGCUCGACAUUCGCAACUCGUGGGAUGCAAAUGCCACCCUUCGUGUUCAUUUCAACGAAUUUUCUAUUGAGCCUGAAACGCUAAAUUCACACAGCACCAAGAGAUUUGUUAUACCAAUAAAAAAAAAUUUACAAUCCUCCGAUUGGGGUUCUAAGGAAAUUCCCAAACUAGUGAGUGGGCGCCAAUUUGUGAGCAGUGGAAUGACACGGGAUGAGAUCACUACAAUGCGUCACAAAUUUUGGUGCCGCGAGAUGCUUCUGGAGUCUCUAAAGUGUGAGUGGAGAUUUCAAGACUCCCGUGCUGUCCGUGGAUCUAUUAAUUUUCGACAAUACCUGGAUAUGAUUGAUACAAGAACGGUUGAUAUAUUGUGUCAAAGGCGUGAAGCGCCCUAUCAUGUUAACGUGUUUGCCUCGAAACCCACAUUGCCUCUCGGGGAUACCCUUCGGUUAAGCGCUCAGCUAUUAGCCAAUAAACAACAUCCGGCAUACACUGAAGAUCUGGUCCAAAUAGAAUUUCUUCUCUACAAUCGCCGAACGGGUUUGGCUCUGGCGAAGUCAAACACUAGGCUGCUUUACAACGGACAGCUUACCUUCCUAGUAAAUCCCAAGAACAGCUCGCCGGUGGAGCUUGAAAUCACAGCGAUUGAUGCAGGCGAAUAUGAGGUCGGCUGCUGUAUUAAUUCGUCAUAUUUCAGCGAUACGCCAGUCUACUUCCGUGUUCUACGACCUGUAGUUUAA